AUGGCUCUGGAGGGCGACUAUCAGAAUCCUGGAGUUGAAAGUGAUUAUCAGCAUGAGUUGAUGGACAAUUAUCCCAAAAAGUAGACCAGAUUUAAGAAUUCGAUUGUUCUAGUCUGGAAAGUGGAGAUGACUACUGUCUGCACUGUGCUGAAGGCUUUGAAGUCAACGAAAAAAUAGUUCAAGCUAGAAACGAAAAGUACCAUGUGGGAUGUUUUGUGUAGGCUUUGUUGACUUUGGUUGAUGUAAAAUAGAUGCGCCCAAUGUUUUCAACCGUUCCCCGACGGCGUCUAUUAUAACGUUUGGUGUUUUAUUAUGCAUUGUCUCUUGUUUAGUUCGAUGGUCGUAAAUACUGUGAACACGAUUUCCAUGUCCUUUUCGCUCCGUGUUGUGGUGGUUGCGGUAAGGACUUGUUUUUAUUUUUGAUAAUGCUAGGCUGCUUUAUCGUUGGGCGCGUUAUAAAGGCUAUGAACAGCAGCUGGCAUCCUGCCUGCUUCUGUUGCAGUUCGUGCAAAAAGGGUCUGGCGGAUGACGGAUUUGUCAAGCAUGCUGGACGGUAAAGUUUCUUCAUAAUUCCGUUAGGUUUCUUCAUUCUUGUUACAAUUGUUUUUAAUCCAUGCAUUCUUUUAUGCGCCAUCACUUCUGUAUGCCAAAAUAGCGUAUUUACCCUUCUAAGAAUCCAAGUCGAUUAAACUUCUUCACCUUUGAGAUAACUUGGCAGGUAGAUAUGCUUGAACUUCGUAAUCUUUAGCCAACUAUUUCGACUUGCUUUGAACACAAACUGCACAAAUUUGUCCGCCAAGACACCUUAUACCAGUAAUUUUCAACCCACAGGCGAAUUAGCUUUCUCACCACACUUAAACAUACAAGGUGCAGUGGUUCCAGAGGAAAACUGGACACCAAACUCACAUUACGACAGAUAAAUGGUGACGACCCGACUACAUGCUGGUUACUUUUCUGUCCUCUAGAGUCACUAUCCUUCCCCUCCCCACCUUCCUCAAGGUAGACAACUUUUCCUACACAUAUUACAACAGCCGUACAACGUUCCUAGUCGUCAUAUGCAUUAACAUUCUUAAACUGCCUAACGAAAUCUCUUGCGGGUGCACCGCAAGUAACACCAGCCGUACGGACACGUAUCCUGCCUGUGCGAUUUCCGAAUCGCAAUCCUUCCUCUUGAAGGACAAUUAAUUCGUCUAUUAGUUCCUUACGGAAAACUUCUACAUUAGGCGGUUUGCCAUUUCCACAGUACACGGUAAUGGCAAAUACGUCACCAACCAAUGACUUUACGACAUGACCUAGAAUUGGCUACAGCUCAGCCCUCGUCUUGCGAUAAAGAGGCAAACCAUCUAUAGCUAGAUUCACAACUGUCCCUUCAUUGUCUGAGGCUACGAAUUCACUAUCUACUAACUGACGCAGUUGCUUCUGCAGUCCAACGUGAACGUACUCCCACAACGCAUGAGAGCUACUCUCAACUUAUACAGUGCCCCGAAAAGUGUGCAAGGGUCUUCGGGCAACUGCGGAACUGCCAUCCUAACUGUCUAACAGACUGCGCAAAUGACGGUGUGCAAUAUUGAACUGCAAAGCCCAAUCACGCACCAUUGUCCUCAUUCGUCCACUGAAUGGCAAGUUAUCACUACCGAUGACAGUGUCUGCGCAAGCAAUACAGCCUACAGAUGCAACAUCACCUAACAAGGGUGUUGGUUGGCUAAGACUCCCGCUGCCAACGUCUAUCGGGCUGCCAGCUGACGACUCCCAGCCCAAAUAAUUCGCCCGAUAACGUUUGCUAUCGCUAAAAAGCGGACACACCUCUGCGUCUGUUUCCUUUGAUAUUUCGUCGAUCUUCUUCUUCUUCUUCCUCUUCUUCGCAUGUCGCUUCAUAGUGCAUUUACAUUCGAGCACGUGAUAGCACACGGAGCACGUGGUACGCACACAAUAAUGGCGAAGAGCCUGCGCGCGUGCGACCAUUACUAACGCAAACAUGCAGGCCAGUGGGUGCGGGAAACAGUAAACCCGUUUUCCAAUCAGGUGACGAAAUAAUCUAAUCGCGAGAAAUCUGCGAUAAGAGUGCAUCAAGUGCAUCAAGCAAAGUCAUCCCCUUCAACGGAUUCCGCAUUUAAGGUGUUUUCUACAUCGUAGGCCUUGCUCGGUUUUUCAUAAGCAGCCUUUAUUAACUUAGGGAUUCAUAUACUAACAUAUAUAAGUUAAUCUAAUUAUCAGAAAUAGUCAUGUAGGCAUGAGUCGCUCAUCCAUAGAAGUCUGCAGCAAACAAACAGUCUUGCCCACUCGAGUUGAUUAUACCGUGAUGUGUAGUUGGUGUGGAAUGCGAGAUUUCCAUUUACUGAACGUUGACUAAGCUUCCUCUUAUGAUCAGAUAAGAAGGAGUACUCGUGAUGCUAUAUAACAAUGGAUUAAAUGCCACAGAACUCCAUACAUUAUUGUCCUUUAUUCUACGGCACUCUUCAACUUUGGUUGUGUGAUUUUCCGAGGCAGAUGUGCAAUUUCUCGACUUUGAAACACCUGACGUUUUUGUUAAAAUAGCUUAAUAAGUUUUCACUGAAUGGCCUCUCUUGUAAGCGAAGCGCAAAAUAGAAAUCUCCAAGACUACGACAAAUUAAUGCUGUCUCUGUAUAACCAUUUGGUGUUUUCCCUUUCAAGGUUGGAUUUUCUUACCUUAUGCCGAUCACGAGUCUUUGAUAUCGUUGAACACUAAUAUAUGGGCUCGUCUGAGGACUUGGAAGUUUUAGAUGGAGGCCUUAUAAGACAGAAAACUCCUAUUCUAUCAAACCAGUUCGGUGAACGCUACUAUCAUAUGAUUUAUCGCGGACUUAGCCUGACGUGACGUUCUUAAAAGCUACCAGCGCUGUCGAAGGUCGUCAGAAAUUUAAUGCCUAAGCUCACCAUGAAGUCUCACGUCCGGUUGAGUUAUCGUCUCUGCCAUUCAUUGAUAGAUGGGGCACGUUACCCAGGUGUCUCGUAUGAAUGCCUUCAUUUGGUCUUCACAACCAAAGCCUGAAAAAGCGUUCAUUCAUUACUGUCUUUAAGAGGGAAAGAUUGUUUCAGACCCCUGCGUAAUUUGAAUUACGGUUGAGCCGUUGGUCAUUCAGCGUGUUCGUCGGUGAUGACCAUUUGAACAAUUUCCAGCGAAAAUUGAUUACGAACUUAACAGGCUCUUAAAUCGGACGAGUAAGCAGCGGCGGCAGUGUUACCAGGUUCGGUGCACCAGCUGCCUUCAGAACGCUGCAAAGCCUAGUGUCGGUACUGUUACAUGGCUACUAUGAACCGCCAUUAAACAAGUUAACUUGCAAUUUCAGACUCGUAGUUAGGUUCCUGAGUCGAAAUGAUAGAGUAAACAGCCUGGUAAAAACAAUCUAAGCGGAUUUUGGGGCAUGCCUGUACUCUCAAGUAAUCAUCAAAACGCCCACUCGGUAUUGCAACCCAUGCUGCGGCAUCCGCAGGACCCGACACGCCCCGCAACUCAGAUAGAAUGGUGCGGAUAAGUAGUGUGCGAGGCAGACUACUAAGUCGGGAAUGGACCCCCAGUAUUGCAUGCUGGAGUCACUAACGUUUCUUGAUCAUAGAAGCUGAAGUCUGGUGGCGUACAUUCUAUCGGCGCAGUGUAGAUGUCUAAAUCCCCGACCCGAGCUCUCCCCAUUCUUCUCAUCUGCACUAACGUUCCGUCGGGUGGCCCUCCUUCCCAGGAAGAAACGCUCGACGCAAUUCUGAGACAGCGCAACAAACAUUCGUAAAGAAUAGCAUACUUGCUGCAACCUGCAAAUGGUAUGGAAACGGGCUUCGUGGGAGUGCUUUGACAUGCGUGAAGAAGUCAGCUGGUUCCCGAUUACUAUCCUUGUUUCCAUCUUCAAAAAAAGGUAAACGAAUGUGGUAAGGUGCUGCGACACCUGCCAUGUGAACAUUAUCGCAACGGUCCUAGUUAUCGUCACUGCCAAAUAGUUUUGAGGUAUUCGUGAUUCCAAAACUAGAUCCACACUCAAGUCGGGGUUCUGACCCAGACAUGAAUUCACCAGCAAACUAUUCACACUGCAGCAUAUCUCCGAAUUCCGCCAUGGUUGCCGGCAACUGGUGCUUCUCCGACUUGCUGAUUUCACUGCGACUCUUGUUUCUGCCGAUCACGAGUCCCACUUGCGAAUAGUGGAGCCAAAUGGUGUGCUAAAUGUGUCGGCAAAGAUGAUCACAAUGGUCGAGGCUUGCCACCGCUCUACAAGCACUGGGGCUGCGAUCCGUAACAACACUUCUCUAUCGUUUGAUAUUCCUUCCGGCGUGCGACAAGCUCAAAUUCUGUCGACCAUUCUGAAUCACGCUGUUGACUGUAUCCGGGAGGGCCCUGAGUGGUUGUGACAGUAUAGGAUCUGCGCUAGGACGCCAGACAGUUGAAGUCUACUGUAACAUCGACUCACUAGUAUCAAGCUGUUUAGAUCUGCGGAAUGUGUCGGGUUUGAAGGAUAUCGCCAAGUCAGUUGGUUUAUCCAGCCCUGCUGGGAAGGCCGAAGCUUUUUCGAGCUGCAUCCCUGAUCAGGUGAAUGGACCUCGGGAUGUAUGGUUAAAAACCUGAAGAAGUGGACUGUCUCGAAUAAUUUAGGACGAGACCGCUGCCACCCCACAGGGUGACACCCUCGUCUACAUCUAUGCUGCUUGAAGGUUUUCACAAGCCUUGAUAAGUAUCAAUGGAUCCGUCGCGACACGUCAAUCGUCACAAUUAUUCGCGUGUACCAGUCAUCCCCCCGACCGGCCGUCCUAUACACAUGUGGAUGCCAGACUGAGGCCUUUGGAACUGAGUCAAACUCACAGGCUCGACUAAUGUCGACUGAAAACUGUCCACUGAGUAAAGUACACUGACUUGGUUUCUAAUGAAUGUCCGCGAGGGAAUCUUGGGUUGUCAAAGGAGGACGACUGAAGUUUGGGCACGUUAUUCGUCGCGCGUCUCAUGAGCUCAGCAUUGCUGCCCUUGGUUGGGCGCCGCUGCUCACUUGUAAGUGGCAAAGAGGCCGCCUGGAUUGGUGACUCGUCACGGUCUGUCAACACAUGAACGUGGUUCAUCGUUUGGGAAGUGAGUGGGGUCCUCCAAGCCCGCUUCGCAGAUAGUCGCAUAUAGGCAGCAGCAAUGCCUAACAUCACGGGGGCUGGGUAGAGUAGGUAUGACCGUCCAUGUACCAAAUACACUUAAUUUCAGGACCUUUACUUAAGUAACACUACGGGGACUCGACUACGCCAGUAUAAGGUAGACGAAUUUCUUAUGACGUUUUGGGAGGUCAGCUGCAAAUGUGCACGCAUUUAUCUCGUAGAAAACCCCUAUUUUAAUCACCAAACGGCGGUAGUAGCCUUUAUGCAAUUUCCAAUUGUCCCCCUCUCUAUUGACCAUGGCGAGUGGUAUAUCUGCGUCUCCCAGAGUGCGCUCACUGAAAACAUAUUGCUAGUUGUUUCUCGUUCUUGUAAUAAGUUAUGCACCCUUUGUGUGGAGACUUGUAGUCACUCGUAUUACUAAAUGCACUCAGAACUAAGGAGCGGGCAUCCCAACUGAUGCUGUGGUAGCCAUUUUGACUUUACACGGCGACAGUUUCUACUCAUACUGUUCAAAUUCUAAAACGUAUUCUCAUCCCGCCUCACAAGACACCUUAUGUUUAUUCUUGAGGCUAAUAGGCUAUUUCACCUCCUAUUUUAGGGCACUCUGCCAUGAAUGCAACGCCAAGGAGAAAGCGAACAGCUCUGGACGACUACUAUGUUUCAAGUGCCACUCAUAUGUGGAGGAUGGGCAGCAGCUCAAGUACCGUUCGGAAAUCUACCAUGCCUACCAUUUCACCUGUUCUUCGUGCGGUUCAGAGCUAAGUUCCGAUGCUCGCGAAAAAGACGGCGAUCUUUACUGUUUGCGCUGCCAUGACAAAAUGGGAAUUCCCAUUUGUGGGGCGUGUCGGUAAGACAAGUCCAGCCUGCCUCUUCUGGGUCCUACUUAACCGUUGGACCUUCAUUCCAACCGUCCUUGAUUCUCUCAUGCACUUUUAUUUCACCUCCAGUUAUUUACUGAGCUCUGCCAUAGCCUCCUUGAGUGUUCUUUCUAGGGCUCCACUUUAAGUUGGUUAUUCCACGAUACCUUGUGCUUGAUAUUUUGUUUACUGUUUCAUUUGCCUAGGAAGCUAUCCCCAUACAACCUCAGUAUGCACCGAAAGCACAACAGUACUUUGUAAAACUUGCAGUUCAGUCGUCGAUCCUUGCGCCUCCUACUAGGCCAACCACCAGCGAGCUAUCACUGCUUUAGACAUCAAUUUUGAACCUUGGUAACCUGUUGACUCACAACAGUCGUUUCUUUUUGGGCGCUGAGAAUAUCAUUCUAGUAUUACUGCCUUUCAGACGACCAAUCGAGGAGCGCGUCGUCCACGCGCUCGGAAAGACCUGGCACGUAGAGCACUUUGUCUGCGCUCGUUGCGAAAAGCCAUUCCUGGGCUCUCGACACUACGAGAAGAAGGGCCUAGCGUACUGUGAGUUGCACUACCAGCAACUCUUCGGCAUGCUCUGCUACUCCUGCAAUCAGGUCAUCCCAGGCGAGACUGUGUACGCAAUGAACAAGGCUUGGUGUGUGGAUCACUUUGGUUGUGUAGUCUGCGACCGCCAAAUCAGUCCCAAGUACGUUCUUUUCUUUCUACUGUACUUUGCGAAAUCUUAAACCUUGUCGUUGCUAGGCAUAAAAUCGCUUUUUUCAACGCCAUUGACCAUCGAAAGUCCAACCAGAGCAUGUGGGCCAUAGGUCUUUUGUCGUCGAAAACUUAGUUAAACCGUGGCCGGACAAGCGACGGUUGCCGAGGCUGACUUGGUAGCGAAGGUUUCCCUUACCUCCCUGAUUUGACGGUGGGCGUCCCCAUCCGCUCCUCCAGUACACUAGUUUCAGGUUUUGGCCGGACACCGGGCUAAGCCAUGUUUGUUUGAGUGAAGGAUCCGCCACGUAAUACCGCUACGGCCUUCAACCUCCAUAGGCCACCAAUUUUCCGGAUCGGUGCCCAGAUACGUAGCAUGUUUCGUGGCAGACUAGUCGUCAGACCCCUUUGCUGAAGGCGAUGUCAUUGUCUGCAACAUGUAGACUCCACCGACAGCCUACGUUCAUGGUCAAUAGGCAAUCUUUGUAUUCUCCGACUUCCUGUCGUCCUAGCGGUCGUCCAUCAGACCUGACGAGGAUGAUCACCUCUUCAGGAGAGUGGUAACGAUUGUCCCCGAGUCUAAUUAGGGCAUUGGGAGUUUUUGCAGCACCGAAUCCGCACACGCCCCGCAUACCCACCAUGUUCCGAUGGCAAGAUGAAGUCAGGACAAUCAAAGAUGGGCGAAGGCGCAGUGGUGGGUUAGAUCUUCGUCACGUUCCUUUGUUUGUCACAUAUAUGUUUGUCCUAUGGUAAGUGUAAACCAGACUUUUUUCAGACACAUGUCCGCCGACAUAAUGUUGGUCCCUAUUUAAGUCUGACGCCAGGGCGCCACACAUGCCGCUUUCAGUUGGACUGGAAAAGCUCUGCUGCCUCGGGAUAGAGCAUUGACUUGCGUGAGAUAUAUGCAUGCAAAUGCACCUUGAACGCAGUACUUUUGGGAAGUAGGUUGUGUGUGGCACGCUUAGAAAAACUAUUCCGCCUUGACAGCCACUGUGCCAAAUCACAUUAACAGUUCUUUGGUUGGUAGGAGAGGGAAAAGACGGAAAGUGAGGCAGACAGUGAAAACUCCGUCCGAACGUUGGCGCAUCCUUCACCAUAAUGAAUCUGGCGAGCUGGACCCUGUCAUGACUCGCUAUCAGCCGUGGCUUCGAAUGUCGUCGACGGACUGGGUAACUCAGUUCUCCUAGUGAGUACAGUGGAGUGCCUGGUAGACUGAGAAUCAGGUUGUAAUGGCUUCUCAAUGUGAUCGUUGUGGCAUUCUCAUGUAUGUGAGAUCCGGACUCCUGGCGCACGCGGCGGAGACCGGGUCAUGUGUGGCACGCGUAGACGGACUGUUUAGCCUCUGUGUCUGUGCCAAUCUCUCAUCAUCCUGACAUUGUCUAGCCACCGGAGCAAGGUGGGUGGGGGGGAGGAGAGUUCGGUAUAUUCCACGCGAGUCUGUUGAACUAUCAACUAAUUCACACGUAAGCCGCCAGUGCUGCGCCCAUUUCGCGGGACACGCAGUGGACGUCGUCGCUUGCGACGGUCGAACUGCAGCCCAAAGUCGGAAACAUGCCGUCAUAAACUAACCUAGCCGUGUUUUCGCUGUGAAGACUGCUCAUUGUGCCAUUAUACUGCUUAUCGACAUUUCUUUAUGACUAUCGAUUGCUUUGCAACUGCCUGCAAGCGUUGUAAAUCGAGUCCCAAGACGAAACUUGACGAGCACGUCCCGUAACCUGGUCGGUGUGCGCCCGUCUUACGAAAAAGCACCUUGCUACGACUGGCUACAACGAAGCCAGUCAGCGUAUCCGACUUUGUGGUCCAGCCAGGUGUUUCACAUCCCCUCCCCCCUCAGUCUCGGCUGAGUUACCGUUCGUAUUUGGCAGUUGCCGUUUCGAUUGCCGAACUCCUGUUUUGCUUGGGAAAGUCGAGUCCGCUUUAUCGUGAUGGAAGGCUAAUUAGUUGCUCACAAUGGGCUAGUUUGCUUGCGGGGUGCUGAAGCUGUCACCAUUUGGACGAAAAAGGACGUAAAAGCAAAAAGUAGUUGUUGUGAAGGCCGCAGUUAUCGGUGGAUUUGCCACUAGGUGUCCUGUUGCAUCUGAAGUAUCCUAUAUUGGCCGGGAUACUUGGUGACUUUGGACGUAUAUUCUGCCGAAACCCCCUUAAUUGCACCCUUACGUCAAAAAAUGUACUUGCUCACUUUUCCGUAGGCCCAGUGCAGACUCGUACAUUCCUAUGAAUCCCUUAGGAGCCCUCCCCCCACACCCGUCUUGGAUACUUUAAGCUUGCUACUGCCACGUCACCCCCUAACCCGACUCUGCUCAUCUGACUCCAUGCCAUCUGUUUUCAGGGCCGUUAAUGUACACAUCUGUUUGUUUUCUCCCUAGUAUGUAGAUACAUUCACCCGCGCAGUACAUUUCUGGUCUUUAGACCCAAGCUUGCCUUGUGCUUUUGAGGAAUUUGUCCUCCUCUGUCAUGAGACUCAUUCUUCGGGGUUUUCUUAGCUGAAGGCCUGUUUCCACCUGGGAGAAAUCCCACUCUUAUCUCUGUCGCUCUCUCUGCUGAAUGUUUGCCUCGUGACCUGGAUCAGUCUUGCAUUGUGAACCGUGGCGUGUUUUUAUCAGAAAGGAACCUAUUCUAAAAUAGUUUGGAUUUGGUCCGCUAGUUAGAAAAGCUUGCGUUCCGACUUCCUGAUUUUAUGCAGCGGCAACCCCUCCAGGCCGUAAUAGUAGAAGACGUGAAUAAUUUUAUUGCCCUUAGCUCAGAACCAUCCGCCGUCCGUCCUAGCUGACCGAAUACACAUCUGUAGGCUUCCUGGACCCUGGGCGCCACUGUAGGUUCUUUCCAGUCGCAACAGAUGAUGAGGUCUUCUGCGUUCCAUUUCCCAGUUGUUUGACUCAGCUUAAGACCGGAGUUUUACCGAAUCCGUCCGCAGGCCUUUGGUGUAUUGUGUACGUGUUUCCAGGUGCCUAGCCGUUCUUCUAAAAGGAUGAUCACCGAAUUCAUAACGGUGAAAAAUUUCUGCUCCAUUACUACAUUACUUGUGCUACUUUUAAUUUUUUGAUUUACGUAGGACCAAAUUCUACGAAUUCGAUCUACGCCCGGUCUGCAAAACCUGCUAUGAAUUGUUCCCAAUUGAACUUCGGAAGAGAAUAGCAAAAAUGCACAAAAUGGAGUGA